AUGGCAUCACGAAGCGUAGCACCCGGUGCCGCUCUCCUGCGCGCGUCAAGGGUUUUUGCCAUCCCUCCAGCACUACCUCGACCGACAGGCGAUUAUGCCGCCGCAUCUGGGGGGUUCAGCUCCGAUACAGCAACCCUACCGCACCCCAUACAUCAGUCACUCACAACUUUUCAAUCAUCACUUGAGCGGGGAGAUUGGGGCUUGAAACGGUCAUUACCCUUACGAUCGACGACUAAAACGUCAACGCCGUUGAUCAAAGUCGAAGCCAUGGACACGUUUGAACAGAUUACCGAAUUCGCAUCUGCGGCAGAUCAUACGUUGUCGUUGCAGAAAUGGCAAGAAAUGGGUAUUCCUAUCACGACGCCGAAGCCGAAGCGUGAGUCCAACUUCGAGGGGACUGGAUCGGGAAGAAGCGUUUUUGAAGAUGAUCUCGAUUCUACCACUCACGGGACGAAUGCUCAUGUGAAAGAUACUACGAGGUGGAAAUUUAAGGGCCCGUGGUUGGCGGGACAAACAGAGGGCGAAUUCAAUAAUUAUGUUCAGAAGGAGGUCCGGAAGCGGAAGACGGAGUUUCGCAAGUUCUUAAGGAGAGAAUGCGCGGCUGCUAUUAACAAGGAAACCCAGCAAAGAAAAAAUCUUAAGAAGGAUGCGGAAGCGGAAGCCACCGAAGCCCAAUCGAUAUUGGGCCCUCAGGAUAUUACCGACGAGCAAUUGUCGACCUACAUUCAAACCCUCCGCGAAGACCGCGCAGAACUUUUCAAGCAGAUUCGCACCUUUCUUGACCUCCCGCCGUCGCCAGUUAGGAAAGACGCGGGUCUCUUUAAUGUAGCUGAGUUGAUGUUCUCAUCUUCGCUACUUCCAAACUCGGGACCGGAUGGCCAGUCUGAAGCCGCCUCUAUGUCACCAUAUGCGGAAUCUGGCCCACCUAAGACACAUCCCUCGGCUGGUCUCUCAUAUGGCCGCACAUCCUCGAAACUAUUCAAUCACCCAGUCUACGGUCCACAGAAAUACUCUCCGCCUGUCCAAGCCCGCGUCGUAACUCCCAGUCGUUCUGCCACAGGAACUCUUGGGGCAGCUUUGGGAGUUGGUGGUUUCGUCACUCGUCUCCCUGCCAGCGAGCAACUGGGGCAAGCGGGCUAUUACUCUCGGGAUAAAGCCAUGAAGUCAUCACCCCUCGUUGGACUCUCGAAAGUCGAUCCGGAUAACAAGGCUGGUGCUAAAUUGUAUGUGCAGCCUACACGUGCUACUGUCGACGCACAGGGCAAGGUGGUGUUGCAAGUUUCGUUGGCGGAUCCUGUGGCCGUAGCUGUGAAGGAGGAUAAGGUUGAUGAGUUGCCGGUUGCUGAACCGCCGAGACGGAUUAGUCCGCUUGGAGCUACGAGGAGUAUAAGGAUUGAGGGUCAGAAUAAUUCAUCUGGUAGCUUGUAUGGGAUAUGA